AUGGCGCCUCAUUUGAGCCACAAUGAGUUCUUCUCGUCCCUCACCGAUCUGCUCUCCAAGACCUCCCAAAAGUCACGCGGCUCUGUCUAUCUCACCCAGAAGCCGAUGACUGAUGCCGAUUCGUCCAACUCCCAACCAUCCAUCCUUAUCCGUGCCACGGACGGAAACACCAAUGCGCCGAACCCGAAGUCAGGCAAGAGUGGAAAGUCCUCACGAGUCACGAAGGACAAGUCGACAAAGGUGAAAAUGUCCACGAUUGUCAGCCCGGGUGACCUCGAGUCCUUCUACACUCGGUACGCGGAGGUGUGCAAGACGGGUAUGGCUGGGUUGAAGAAGCGGGAUCGCAGCAAGCGGAAGGGGAAGGCGAAGGCGAAGGGCGGCGCUUCCAAGACGACCGAGGCAUGA